AUGCCGCAUAAGGUCAAAAUUCAACAAAAGGCGGCAGGGAAGAAGCGCGGAUCGAAGAAGAAAAGUAGUAGUAGUGGAAGCAAAGGGAAGAAAACAAAGAAGUCUUCCAAAAGGAGCAGUUCUGGAAAAACCUCUGACGACGGGCCGACCUCGGCAUCUAAAAAAACUAGUGACGAGCUCGAAACCGCAGCACCCCUUAGAAGCGAUGGCGCUUCAACGGGGGUAUCAGCGACGACGGGUGGCACUUCUGGUGGGACUUCGACUAAUGAGACUACUGGAGGCAGUGGUGGAACGAGUGGAACAACUGGUGGAACAAGUGGUGGGUCAAGUAGAGGAACAAGUGGAGGAACAAGUGGAAGUACUGGUGGUGAGACGACCGGCGAAGGCACGGGGACGAGUGGAGGCGUUGCAGCGUCUGGCAGUACUGGAGAAAGUGGCGUAACGACGCACACUUCUGGAUCGGCAAAGACGAAAGGUGGUCAGACGGCAACGGUCACCACAUCAGUUUCAGCUCCGACUGAGGGGCCACGUAAGAAGCGCAGUCCCUUUGGGAGAUUGUUUUCAUGCAAACCGAAGAAGAAGAAAACCUCAUCGUCAAAGUCCAAAUCGAACAAAUCGGGCAAAAAAGGCAAGAAAAGGUCACCGCGUCAAGAAACCUUAUUCAAAAAGCACAGCUCUCCUCGAAACAAGAAGAAGUCCAAGAAGUCCAGCACUACGUCGAGUCCAACGAAUAAGGGAGGUGCAUUUGUAACGACAACAACGACAUCAUCGGGACCGGUAAACCUCGGCCAGGCGACAUCAGAUGAAACAGGAGGGCUGACGCCAACUUCGGGGACGAAAAAAGACAGCCUCAAGGGGACAUCCGAUGACACAGGAAGGAAGACCUCGAAUGACCAACUGCAACCAGGUGCUCAAGCUUCUCCUUUACCAGGCGAGCCGAAUGCUGUCGAACAGGCUGCACCGGAAGCUCAUAAUUCCGACCCUUGGAGUGCGCCUCAACAAGCAUCUGGUCAGCAACAAGCUGCUGAUAAGCCAGCACCGUCUGAUCGUCAACAAGCACCACCAGAGCCCAACUAUUAUGACAACGAUAGACCACCAUGGCCGGUGUUACCUGAGAGGAGGCACAGGCCGUCCACAGAUCAGUCAGAUCGCGCUGCUGCAGCUCCAGUUGAUCCGGGUUCAGGAAGAGAGCAGCGCUUGGCGGCCGCUGCCGAGCAAGACCACGGCCCGACCCAAGUCGCAGACCGUGGACAAUUUAUAGGACUGGGAUUGGAUGGCCAAGGAGGAGGUACCACAGGCGUAGCUGAUAUGGACACUGCUAUUUCACAUACACCGAGAAAAACGACCCCAGGACGAAGUCGCCGUCGUUCCACUUCCCGAUCCGGUACUCGAGUACAGAUUCCUCAAGGGCUUACUCUUGUCACACCGCUUUUUAUUCGUUCAUUCCAAACGGUCCGCAUCGAACCCGAAAGCGACGAGGUUGUCAUUACAACGAAUGUGGUACUUCACUCUAGUGGCAUGACAUUCGAAGAACGCAAAGCCGAACUGGAGAAUCUCAUUCAAAGAAGUGAACAAGAUUGCGGCCUGCGUACCAGUGAUGUACGCAAAUAUGACAAAGUCGCGGAAGCAGAAAUGGGACCUUCGGCAAAGGAUUUCCCAAAUGAGAAAAGCCUCACCAUUGACCGUGAUACGAUUAUUGACGCAAGCAAAGGCAACCUCUGGGAGCAGGGACGACAUUUCUAUAGUGCGGAGAGAAAAACGAAGUUUAAUGACUACCAGUGCAUAUUGACGAACGGCUCCCCUCCGUUUGCGAUGCGCUCAGUGAAUCGCGGAUCACAUGGAAAUUAUGCUGCACUAGUGCAUAGCCUUCAAUGUUACAGAGCUCCAUCAGAUCGGCAACAGUUACCUGAACAGCAAAGUGAAUCUCAGCAGCAGGUGCUGAUCGAAAAACAGCUGCGUUCGUCGCACAAGCUGAAGCAAGCAGAGGGUGGACUCCGCAUGAGAAAAGCGAACCGGAAAAGCCAGGCGGUCGAAGUCGCAAAAGAAAAGCCAGCCUGA